CCGGCCGUGCACGCCGGGAAGGCGCCGUCUGGUGUGGUGUCUGCUGGGGCGGGGGAUGCUCGGUCCCGGGCUUCCCUUAGAAGAUUCGAAUUCAGACUUGCAGAAAACCCUUGACAGUGACACUGACAGCGGACAGGGCAGCUGUGAAACAACCUCUCCAGCUCCCUUCAGCAAGGAGAUGGCAUCUCUGGAUGACAGAGAUUCAGAGGAAGAGAUUUUUAUAUGUAAAAAAGCAAAAAGCAAGAAGGUGCUUCAGGACAGUGAGAGUGAAGAGGGAGAGGAUGGUGACUCUUUUGUGCAGAAUGAUACUCCUGAUGGAGAUAAGGAAAAUGGAGAGGAAGAAGGGAACACUUCUGCCCAGAGGAACAAGAAAUCUCAUCGGAUUCGCCAAGGUCUGCUGGGCAGUGAUGACAGUGAUACUGGUGACCAACUGCAGAUUGAAAACCUUGAAACCAGGAAGUUUGACUUGCCUGAGGGUGAGCUGGAAAAGGAGAGACCUCUGAAAUCUGGGAAAAAGUACAGAAAACAUAAACAUGAUGCAGAAGAAGGGACAGCGAAAAAAGCUGUAGGAAAAUCAAGAAGGAAAGAGAAGGAGAGAAGAGUUGAGUCCCUUAAAAAGCUGAAGAAAGGAAAGAAGCCUAAAGCAGAGCAGGUAGAUGGUGUUGAGAGGUAUCCUUUUAAUGACAGUGGAUGUCUUCUGGAUGACAAAGAACUUUUUGACAAUGGCUUAGAAGAGGAAAAUGAUUGUGCCCCAGAGGAUGAAGAGUCAAUAGAAUCGAUACGAGCGGCAGUGAAAAACAAAAUUCAAAAGUACAAGAAGAAAGACUCUUCUGAGGGUGAAGGCUACAAACAUGUAUUUGAUGAUGAGAGUGAGGAUCCUGUAUUAAAAGAACCAAAGAGGAAGGAGCGGAAGGCAGCCAAGUUAAGUAAAGAAGCCAUUAAACAGCUACAUAGUGAAACCCAACGACUUAUUAGAGAAUCCUCUGUGUCUCUCCCGUAUCACAUGCCUGAGGCCAAAAGCAUUCAUGAAUUCUACAAGAGCAGACCUCGACCAUUGUGUCAAGGAAAUGCCAUGGCAUUGCUGAAGUCCACUAAAUAUCAGCUGCCCCUAAAUGAAAAAUCUGCAGACACUAAGAACUCCAGCAUGGGUUGCAGAGAUGGACCAAGAGGUGAUCAAUCAGCAGCUACUGAACCAGAAACAAGCCUUGACAGAGAUGCUGAUGCUACUGUGAACAAGCUUCUUGCUGAUGGAGAGAACAAUUUGACAGAAGCCUGUGCUGAAAAGCCCAGACAGGACAGUGAUGAUUCUCACACAGUUAGCACUGUGACAGCUGACAAUGGCACAGAAGAAGAGCAGCCCUCUAACCUCCUAAGCACUGAGGGUAGUGAACAAAAAGAGAAGGAAAUUCCUCUUGCAGUUGGAGGAGAUGCCCUUGAGCAAGGGGGAGAAACAAGACCAGGCUCACAGUGUGAGAAAAGCCAUCAACAAGGUGGGCCUGGAUUGGCAGCACAACCUGAGAAAGUGAGGAAGUCCAAGCUGGAUAAACUCCGUGAGCUGGGGGUGGACCUGUCCAUCAAGCCAAGAAUCUGCUCUGGCAAUGAGUCCUUUAUAGACCUUGAUGAAUCUGAAUCAAAUAAAGAAAUAGAAGCUUUGAAAGCACGUUUCCUGAGGCACACUCUGGGAGCAUCAAAAUCCAAACCUGAACGGACAAUCAACAUGAGCAUUAUCCGUAAGGAGUCUACGCCUGAGGGGAAGGAGGAGCUGAAGUUAGAUGUGGUCCAAGCAGUGCUGGCUGCAGAGAGCCUGGAGGAAGCAGUUCACACAAAGCCAGGUGAGAAGCUGCGGGUGCUGAAGGCUAAACUCCAGGAGGCCAUGAAGCUCCGCAGGACCGAGGAGCGCCAAAAGCGGCAAGCGCUGUUCAGACUGGACAAUGAGGAGGUGAUGGAGGAGGACGAGGAGGAGGAAGAGGAGGAGAUGACAGAUGAAUCUGAGUCUGAGGAAGAAGCCAAUCAGGAGAAUGUGGAAUUUCUGCUUGGUGAAGCAGAGGAAGAUAAUGAAGAUCUAGAGGAGAAACACACUGAAGAUGGAGAAAAAGAAACUGACAAAGAAUCAGUUGAUGGAGAAAAGCUGGAGAAAUCUGUGCACUGUGAUUCUGUUCCCAAACCACCUUCCAUGGAGUCCACACUGAUGCUUUUUAAAGACAGCUCCUCAAAAAUGGGAUAUUCUCUUCCUGAUGAGAAGCUUGAACUGGAAGAAGGUGCAGACAAAGGAGCUGCCAAGUUAGAGGAUGAUGAUUCCUUCUCUCUACCAACACUAGCCAAAGAGAACAGCCAUAACAGCAGCUUUGAGCUAAUAGGCUCCAUGAUCCCCUCAUACCAGCCCUGUAACAAACAAUUGUCCCGAGGAGGGAACUUCUUGUCUGCAGCAGGAGGUUUCAGGUCACCUUCCCCAGGUUUUUUCAAAACAAGCUUUAUCAGCUCUGCUUCCAAGAGCUCAGGAAAGGCAUCUGAGCCCUCUCUUCCCAUAGAAGAUUCUCAGGAUCUGUAUAAUGCCUCUCCUGAGCCCAAGAGUUUAUUUCCAGGGGCUGGUGAGUCACAGUUCCAAUUUUCUUUGGAAGAUGACACUCAGAGCCAGCUGCUUGAUGCAGAUGGGUUCUUGAAUGUUGGCCAACACAGGAAUAAAUACCAGGCCUCCAAGCACCAGCUGACUCUGGCCAGUAUGGAUGAGAAUGCAAUGGAUGCCAACAUGGAUGAGUUACUGGACUUGUGCUCUGGGCAGUUUAGCAGCCAGGCUGAACGCGAGCCCAAUGCCAACAGCAACAAGAAGCAGAACAUGGAAGAACUGCUCAACCUUUGUUCAGGAAAAUUUGUGUCUCAGACAGGUUCUCCAACAUGGGCAUCUUCAGUGUUUUCCAAGGCAGAAAAGGACAGUGACAUAGAAGAUCCAAUGGCAGAAGCUCUGGCACUGUGUUCAGGCUCCUUUCCUACAGACAGGGAAGAAGAAGAUGAGGAGGAGGAGGAGGAGCAAGAAGAAAUUGGUGAUUUCCAGCUUGUAGCAGAUGACAAUGCCUUUGAUAGUGAAGAGGAUGGAAAAAGUGGAGACAGUGAUGCUGGAGAAGCAGAAACAAGUGAUGAAGAAGAACAGCAACUGCUGGAACAUAGACAGGGAGUGAAGAAAAAACUAAAACUACAGGAUUUCAUGGAAGAUGAGGCAGAGCUGUCAGGGAGUGAUGUGGGGAGCGAGGAUGAAUACGAUGGUGAAGACCUGAACGAGUAUGAAGAAGAGAUGAUUGAUGAGGAACUCCCCACUGAAGCAGAAUUAGGACAUCAAAUACAGAAAUUCCACAUGAAGGCCAUGCUGGAUGACGACAAGCGUCAGUUGCGCUUGUACCAGGAGAGAUACCUCAUUGAUGGUGACCUGCAUAGUGAUGGCCCUGGCAGAACAAGGAGGUUCAGAUGGAAAAAUAUAGAUGAUGCUUCACAGAUUGACUUGUUUCAGAGAGAUUCAGAUAAUGAGGAUGAAAAUGAAGAGUUUGAGAUAGAGGCAAAAUGGAGGAAGGAGCGAUUUGAACGAGAGCAGUGGCUCCGUGAGCAGAAGGAAAAAAAUAAAGAGCAGGGGGAGGAGGAAGAAGAAGAAGAAAUUGGUGAAGACAGCCAGUUCAUGAAACUAGCAAAAAAAGUGACUGCAAAGUCCCUGCAGAAGAAAGCCAGCCCAGCAGUGGUGGUAAAGGAUGCAACCUUGGUACCCAGCAACCCUUUUGAAACAUUCAGACCUGCCAGUGAUGUCCAGAUAAAAAAUGGGUCACUCUUGAACAGACCUAAAGCUGUCCUUCAGAAACUGGCAGCAAUGUCAGAUCUGAAUCCAAAUGCUCCUCGAAACUCCAGGAAUUUUGUCUUCCAUACCCUUUCUCCAGACAAGAGUGAAGAGGCAAAGGAGAAAGCAAAACAUCAGGUGAAGAAAAGAGGUCCUGCUGCAGUAAUAACAUCUCUGGCCAAACGGCCCAGAGUGGACAGCACAGAGGAAACCACUCAGAGCCGAAGCAUUUUCCAGUACCUGGAGAGCUGAACAUUUCUGGGUAGGGCCAAAGGUUGUAUCUCAUCUCUUUGCCAGCUGCAGUUUGUUUGGCAAAUCUGCCAGCAGUCACCAGGAAGGCUAACAAACUGCAGUACUUUCUGUGCUGCUCCUUAAUUCACCAGUUCCAGUCACUUCCAGGCAAUGCUCUUCUUUAUUCCCCCUUUAUUUUUGUUCUCGGUGCUCUGUGGCAAGGGAGGGCACAAAUUCCUUGCUUGAUUUGGAAUGAAAUCUAACUUUGGCUUUCCCAAGCAUUAAGGAAACCCACACUAUUGUCCUCUGUCCCUGCAGAAGCUCACAUGGCUCAGUGGUAUCAGUUCCAUCUGAAAACACUGCUCAUGUGAGAGCUGUGACACAGCCCUGCUGCAGUUAGCUUAAAGCACAGAUCAAGGAGGUAUCUCUGCAGC